AUGGCGUCGCCCCCGCUGUCGGCGGCGGGCGGGAGCGGCGCCGAGCACAGCUCGGGCUCCGAGGCACCGCCGCCGGGCCGCGACCUGCCCGCGCUCUUCGAGCAGGCGGCAGAGCGGCUCCCCGCGCUGCUGCCCGCCGCCAGCAAGGAGCAGCUGCUCUACCUGUACGCCCGCUACAAGCAGGUGAAACUUGGAACCUGUAACACCCCCAAGCCCAGCUUCUUUGAUUUUGAGGGAAAGCAGAAAUGGGAGGCCUGGAAAGCCCUGGGAGAUACCAGCCCUCACCAAGCUAUGCAGGAGUACGUUGCUGCAGUGAAGAAGCUCGACCCCAGUUGGAAUCCACAGACAACAGAGAAGAGGGCAAAGGAAAGCAAAACUGUAUUUGGAGGACCAGUCGUCAGCUCAUUAUAUCAAGAAGAAACAAUCAGGGAAGAGGACAAGAACAUUUUUGAUUACUGCAGAGAAAACAACAUUGACUAUGUAACCAAAGCCAUUCAAUCAAAAAAAGUGGAUGUGAACGUCACAGAUGAGGAGGGCCGGGCUCUGCUCCACUGGGCGUGUGACAGAGGACACAAGGAGCUGGUUUCAGCACUGUUACAGCACGCUGCUGACGUCAACAUCCAGGAUGGGGAAGGCCAGACUGCACUCCAUUAUGCUGCUACCUGCGAGUUUUUGGACAUCGUGGAGCUGUUGCUGCAGUCGGGAGCAGACCCCGGGCUGCGGGACCAGGAGGGCUGCCUGCCGGAGGAGGUGACAGACUCCAAAGCCAUCACUUCGGCUCUGCAGCAGCACGUCACCGGCGAGCCCUGACCCUGCGGGGGGACAGAGAUGCUCUGCAAUAACACCCCUUCCUCCCCUCCCCGCUGCCCUCCCCAGUCGCCUCGGGGCUUCGAGGGGACCUUUCAGAGCACUGGGUCUGGCCGGGCUCUCCAGCACGAGGGCCAUGCACGUACCCUGGGCAGGAUGGGAUCAGAGUUCUGCAUGCUCUGACAUUUAUCAGUAUUUGA